AAUAGUAGCCACAUCUUCCAUUGAUAGGGUGUUGAUGGCAAACAAAAUCAAGCCCGAUUCUGCUCUUCUUCUUCUCCUCCCCUGCACCGAACAAAACCCAGCCACCACCGACAGCCCUCCUUUGAAGAAAAACCGAGAAAAUCCCGGAUCUGCUUUGUUCCUUCCUUCCUUCCGUCAGCUGCUCUUGCUUGUGGGUGUGAUUUUUCCGGUUCUAAUCCCGAAUUUCUCCCCAAAUUGCCGCCGGCCUUCCCUUAGCUUGCAGCUCCGGUUUGCUUGCUGGAAUUCUGGUUCUUAAGUGUUCUGUCACCCGAGUACUUGGCUUAAGUUUAUGGUAUUACGUGAUUUGAGGUAAGUAAAUUAUGGUAAUGUCCUUCGAUUUUAAAGCAUAUUUUAACUUGUUUUUGAAAUGGUGGCGGGGCUAAACCUGUUUUACACAAAUAUGAGCAUGACUGAUUUGAAAUGAAAUUAUUAUGUUUUCCAUUGAAUUGAGCAUGCCUACUUGAAGUUUAUUUAACUGCCCUGAUGAUCUGGAAAUGAUGUAUAAAAUAUGAUUUUUCUGUUAACUUCUGCCUGUUUUGUCUCCGAUGUGGUCAUGUUAUUAGUGACCUUGCUAGUGGGGGUUUAUAAACGCUAGCACAUGUCAACAUGUUAUUGAUAGAAUCGGUUCGUUUGAGUGACCCUGCUAGUGGGGGUUAUACACCAGCAAAUAGUGCGCCUGCCAGUGGGUGGUUUACAACACUGGCCAUGACCUAUAGAGGAGACGUCUAUUUCAUGCCCGUACUCGUAUCUGUUUUUCGUGAUUAUACUUGUUGGCAUGCUAUAAGUUUAAUUAAGGGCUAUCCAUAUUUACUUACUGAGUUAUCUAAUAGUUUUUCCUUAUCCACAAUUUUAGGAAGCGAAGUCAAGGACGAGGGAAAACGAGCGGAGUGACAAGUUAGAAGGCUAGCCAUCUUGUAAAUUAAACAUAGAUUUUAAAUAAAAAUCGUGAUCUUGUAAGCUAGAUUGUAUUUGGAGAUUUUGAUAUCAGAGCAAAUAUUAAAAUUUUAUCUUCAGA